AUGGCCGCGCUCCGACACGCGGCGAGGGGGCUCAUCGGCGGCCAAGCGCAGGCGGUCCGCAAGGCCGUCGCCUCGCCGCUGCUCGCCCACCGCGGCCGAACAGCCUCGUUUCCUCUGCUGCGAUCUCUGUCCUCCUCCUCCUCCUCCAAUGGCGCCGCCGCCGCCGCCCAAACCCGCAGCCGCAACUCAUCGUCCGCCGACAGCGAGCCUGUGUACGUCCGAGUUGAGCCACAGCCCGACCCCGAGACAGCCCGGCUGAUGGCGGAGAUGGACACCAGGAAGCAGCAGCUCUUCGACCUGCUCGCCGACAUGGACAUGAGGCGCCCACGUCCUACGUACACGUGCACGGCGGAUGUAUAUGAGGUUAAUCCCACCGCCUCUUCGGACACCCCGGUGCUAAUCCCGAUCACCCCCUCUGAUGCCAAUGUCGAGUAAAAGAAAGGAUCAGUAACUGCGUGGUGUAUAUAUAUGGAGAUUGCCUACGUUGUUUGCGAUUUGGAUGUAUCUGGAUUGGAGGGUUGGAGUUUUGGGGAGAUAUGUUUUGCUUGUUUAGUUGUUUUCUUGGGGUUAAGCAAAGCUGUCCCGGCCAAGGCCUCUGCUAAUUAGCCGUGUGCAAGAUUGCCAUGUCACUUAGAUACUACUCAUUGUAUAAAGUAAUGUCAAUCAACUGUAAUAAUUUUCUCAUGGAAGCCUUGUUUCAAAAGCCUACAUUUUGUUUACAAAGUGAUGAGCCUACACUUCUUUAAAUCUUUGUUGGUACUUUUCGUUGAA